UCAGCAGGAGGAGAAGAGUCUCAGCAGCAGGGGAACAUUUAAGCUACUUUCACUCAGCUCAGCCACUGCAGAGAAAACAAUGAGUUCGACACAGAAGGACCAACAUGGACCGAGAAGUCAGCGCUCUCAGGAGGCCGACAAACCUCACAGAAGAAAGAGAGAGAAAAAAUACACCUGUGACAAGUGUGGGAAGGAUUUUACGAGGAAGUCUGAACUAAAACAACAUCAGCUCAUCCACACUGGAGAGAGACCGUUCAGCUGUGACUUGUGUGGAAAGUCGUUUUCCUGGAAGAAUGCCCUAAAAAGACACCAAAUCGUCCACAGUGGAGUUAAAGCUUACAGCUGUGAUCAGUGUGGCAGAGCUUUUACUCGAAGUAGCAACUUACAGAGACAUCUAGUUACCCACUCUGGAAUGAAGGCAUACAGCUGUGACAUCUGUGGAAAAACUUUCAGCCAGCUAUGGUACCGAAAUAUACACCUACGCAUUCACUCCGGACAAGAUGUGUACUGGUGUGAUCAGUGUGGCAAAUACUUUACAACAGACGCACAGUUACAAAGCCGCAUGUUUACCCACACUGAGGAGAGACCUUAUCAAUGCGACCUGUGUGAGAAGACUUUUAAAGCUUCGAGGCUGAAAUCGUUCCCAUCACAGGACGACAGCGAAUCUGAAGAGAGAGAAACAUCCUCUUCUGGUUUCAGAGUCCAACUUAAAACCCUGGAGAUCAGGCUCCACAGAGUUCAGAUCGGCUCUCCUUAA